AUGACUCUACAGGAGCGAAUGGAAGAAUCGAAUACUGAACAGAGCAAUAGCGAAAGUGGCACCCAGCUCCAAGAAUUUCAUCUCUUUCCAAAGCUGCCUAAUGAGCUCAGAGACAUGAUCUGGCAACAUGCGCUUUUACCACGGCUCAUUCAAGUGGAACCACUCUAUCUUGAACCCAUCAACCAAAGGCACUAUGAAAACACCAAACAUAUUCUAGUUCCUAAAUGCGUCAAUAAUGGUCUUGAUCAAGUGUGCAGAGAUUCGCGAGCCCAGGCACAAAGGAAUGCCGGAAAACCAUAUAUUUUCGCGAGUCGACACGACUCUGCAGACUCAAGCACAACGCAGAUCUCGCGGCCUUUUUCAUUCAACCCACAGCGCGAUGUUAUUUAUUAUCCCGACUCAACCGGCUUAUGGCUCACAGCUUGGAGCGGUGAUCUCGGAGAAGAAGACGCGAAAGACACCCAAGCAAUAGAAUACGCCGACUUGACAGGUGUCCAAAUCUUGGCUGUUGGAAGCCUUCUCGAACGAGCAAAUUUCGAAGAGGAUCAAGCAUACGAUAUCGAACGGUCAAUAAGUCACAACAACUAUCCUGUUGAUGUAGGAUCUACAUUUUUACACUCACUUGUUGCUUGGUUUCCGAAGAUCAAAGAAUUGAUAUUGGUCUCACCAACAGUUGAAGAUCUCGCAUCACAGGCUUCAACACUGAAAGCAUCCACGUCAGGAAAUCUUGGUACGCAUUUAAGCGAAGACAUCCACAAGUGCCGAGAGAAAAUAGCCGUACAUCUCUUAGCGUGCAAAGAAUCACUGAAACGGGAAAUGGAGAGCAUACGGAAGUUGCAAAGCCAUCCUCGAGAUCGUUACUUGAAAUUAGACUAUUUCGAAACACUAUCAGAUUGGUGGCAAGAUCCAACACCAACGUGGUUGACAGAAGCAGAGUUUGAGGCUCGAUUCGGACUAGAGCCGGGUACAAUUGCUCAAAGCCGCUCAAUCAAGGUAUCAGGUGAUAAUGUCGAAAUAUCCCUGGGGGUGAAGAAUCGUUGGGUCAACGGCCACUUGAGUACUUAG